AUGAAGCACCAAGCUUCCCUCAUCGCUGCGCUUGCCUGCGUCAGCUAUGUUGUUGCUAUGCCAGCACAGUCCAAACGCUCGACUGAAGCCAGGAUUAGCAGUGGCAUCACCAACUCGUCUGCCGUUGUCGACAUGCAAGCAUUCGACUACAUCAUCGCUGGUGGUGGUCUUACUGGAUUGACCGUUGCGAGCCGACUGACAGAAGAUCCAAGUGUCUCUGUCCUUGUCAUCGAAGCCGGCUACAACAACUUCAACGACUCCCGCGUCAACGACGUACGGGCUUACGGCCAGGCUUUUGACUCUGAGCUGGACCACAGCAUAUAUUCGACGCCUGUCUCCUGGCAGAACGGCGAAGAACUGCUUUUGGUAACUGGAAAGACUCUCGGCGGUAGCGGUAGUCUGAAUGGUGCUUCAUGGACGAAGGGUGCCAAGUCGCAGUACGAUCUGUUGCCCUUCCUCACGGGAGACGACAGCUGGGGUUGGGACGACUUCAAUGACUACAUGCUCAAGGCCGAGAACUUCCACGAACCUACUCAGGAACAGCACCAGGUCAAAGGUGCCAAUUUUGAUUCUUUGUACCACGGCAGUGGAGGGCCUGUUCAAGUUGCAUUUGGAGCUGGCAUGUUUGGAGGCACCCAGAUCCCUGCUCUUGAAGCAUCAGAGAAGGUCUGGUCAAACUUCUCGAGAAACUCAGACGCGGCGUCAGGACUUGUCAAUGGAGGCACGGUCAUUCCCAACAUGGUCGAUGUGGAGGACAACCAAAACCGAUCGAGCCCGUUCACUGCAUAUGCUCAGCACCAGCUGGAGCAGCGAAACAACUUCCUCAUCCUGACUGGCCACCGCGUGACCGAGAUCGUCUGGAAAGAGGGACAGGAUUUGAUCGCCGAAGGAGUCCACUUCCAGGCUUCAAAGAACAGCACCGUCCACUUCGCCAAGGCCAACCGUGAAGUCCUUCUUGCAGCAGGCUCUCUACAGAGCCCACAGAUCCUCGAGCUCUCAGGUGUUGGUGAUCCAGACGUUCUCAACGCCGCAGGCAUCGCCACCAAGCACUCACUGCAAGGCAUCGGCAAGAACAUGCAGGAGCAGACGAAGAACACCCUGACUUUCACCGCAAAGAACGGCACCGACUUCAAUGGUACUGGCCCACCCUCUGCCAUCUCCUUCGUCACAGCUCAACAACUCCUACGAAACGACAGCGCGGCAUGGUACAACUCGGUCAAAGCCAACCUGACCUCCUACGCCCAAACUCUAGAGGAAGCGGGUCUCGUCACCAACGCCACCGCAACUGCCACCAUCCUCUCCGCCCAGCUUGACAAUCUCUUCAACACGGUCGACUCCGCCGCCGCCGAGAUCUUCUUCACAAUAACCCCGACCACCAACCAAGUCGGCAUCGACAACUGGAAUCUGAUCGUCUUGUCUCGAGGAACCGCUCAUAUUCAGUCAAAUUCAGCAUGGGAUCAUCCCAUCGUCGAACCGUCUUACUUCCACCAUCCAUUGGAUCUCGAAUUCCAAACACGCGUCAACCAGCAAUCGAGGGAAGUCUUCGAAACCGCUCCCCUGAGCAACUACGUCGUCGACGAAAUCACACCCGGCAAAACACUCGUUCCAGCGAACGCCACCUCAAAAGACUGGGAGAACUGGGUCAAGAAGUCCUUCACAUCCGUCUGGCAUUACAUUGGGACAUUGUCCAUGAUGAAAGAGGAACUUGGGGGUGUUGUGGAUUCCAGGUUGAAAGUGUACGGGUUGCAGAAUGUGCGGGCGAUUGAUGCGAGCGUGGUGCCGAUUCAGCUUUCGGCGCAUUUGAGCAGUAGUUUGUAUGGGGUGGCCGAGAAGGCGGCGGAGAUGAUUCAGAGUGAUUGGGAAGGGGAGGGGAAGGACCGGAGCUUGGAAAGGGUCGAUAGUGUUGAGGAGAGGAUCUGA